CCUCAGCAGUGGUUUCCCGUCGCAGCUGCCUGAUCCCGCAGAUCUUCUUCUCCCUUUCCCCGUCACCAUGGGCUGGCGGUUUGGAGGCUGCCGGUUUGGAGGGUUUGUGGACGUUUCUCGGUUUCGGGGCGUCAAGGGAAUCGAGAAGGGCGAGGUCAAGACCCUCAGCCAGCUCAUCGAUUGGUGGAAGGAGCGCGCGGCAUCCAUGUCCAUGCCUCGUCAGUUAGGAGACGGGUUCGUGUCUUACCUGGUGAAACCGACCAACCCGCAAUUCGAGGGAUUUGACUUCUUCGUCUUCGUCGAGCGCGAUGGUCGCCUAUCCCACAGCUGGGGCUAUCAGGUCAAGGAGGCAACCACGGAACCCUCAGACGAGGCGACGGCGACCAUCAAGAAGGCUUUGAAGGGCGUCGCCAAUCUCUCGGAUUCCACACACGGCAUCGAGAUUGCCGUCGUGUGGCUGCAAGGUGAUUCCUCAUCAUCACCCAAGGGCCAGGAGCGUGAGGACAAGAUUGGCAGCAUCGAGGGCUGGCCAUUCUACCAUCCUUCUCCGAGGACAGUCCAGCUGUUCUUGGGCACGUCACUGGCCGAAACGUGCCCCUUCAAGCUGCUGGACGCGAGUUCAAGCUGCUUGACGCGAGAAGAAAGUGUUGAGAGGGUGUCUGACUGACGGGCAGUUGUUUGAUGUUUUUCGCGAGUUAUGACUGUGCGUUGACGUCGAAAAGUGGUGGUUUAAG